AUGGGAAUGUCGGGCCGCGAUGCCCCCAUUAAAGAGGUUGAUGCCGAGGUGCUUAGGCUGAUAAGCACCAAGGUGGACUCGUUGUUGAUGCUAUCUGAGACCGAUGGUGAAUUGCGCAAUUACGCCCUCAAGUUCAAGUUGGAACAGGCUGUCGACCAAACAGCGUUUCAAGCCAAGCGUGAGGAGGGUGAGGAGAUGCUGCACUUGCAACGCGUCUUGCAGCGAAUGGCUGAUCUUGCUCUGCAUAUUGCGCCGCAUAUAUUACGCCGUACAAGGAGACACCGUACGUCCAAGUGCCUCGCUGGGAGUAAGAAUGCUUCUGGUGAUGGGAGUAGCACCCCUGCAGACGGAAGGGCCUCCGACAGUAUUCCACGAAAUAGCAGUGUAGAGGACGUUUGCGAUGGGUCGGAGGCGUGGUUGGAGACGGGUGCACACUUGUCUUACGCCUCCGUAGAGCUGCUCUGCCUCAUUCUGGUGUGUCACCCUCGGCUGGUAAAGGCUCUGCAAAUGUAUUUGUUGCGGUGUGGCGUACUGGCCUACGUGGCGGACGCCUUGAGUAUUCCAUGUGAGCACGAAAUUGCGUUCUUUCAGGAGGGUUACAGAACCGAACACAUGCGCUUGAUAGCGAACCUCACCCUUGAUAACCGCGAGGCGUGUUCCUCCGUCGUAGGCAACCCUGCACUUCUAUCGGCCGUUCUCACCAGCACGCGAUUUGACGAGGAGAACCCCGGCAUGGUAGAGUGGGCCGAGUUCUGCAUCCGCAACCUCUGCUGCUGCACAAGCGAGGCUCAUGACAAGAUACGUGGCUUGUUGCCGGUGGGUGUAUCCGACGAAAGCAAGAAGCUGCUUGCGGGAAGGGCGGACUGCCAGUUAACUCCGGAAGGAAAACUUGUUCUCACUCAGCCCUGUACAACAAAGACGAAGUCGUGA